AUGAUCUCUUUGAUUGAGAAGUGGAUUCAGCCAAUUCAUGCUGAAAUAGAAUUUCUUCGGCCUAUUCAAACUACUCAAACUACUUGUUAUAUGCCUCUUCCUAGUGAUGCUAGAACUCACCAAGAAUCUGGGCCUGCAUAUGGAUCAAGGUUGAUUGUUAUGAUUACCACUAUUAUUCCUAGACCUUUGAUACAGAAAUUCGUUGAACCGUCGAAACAGAAAUUCGCCGACAAAGACACAGAACCACCUUUUAAUAGAGAGAGAGAGCUCGGGAGCAGAGGAGAGAAAGGGGAGACCCGUGCUCGGCCACCGCCGCGCCUCUGCCGUCGAGAAGCUCCGCUGCCGCCAUUGAGAUUCACCAUCGUCACUGUCGAAGAAGCUUCAACCGCCGCCGUCGAUUGUCACUGGGGAACAACCGCCGUGCCUCUGGUCGCCGGAAUCACGGACUGGAGAGAAGGGGGCUGCCUCUCCUAUUGCUACUGUUUCGUUCUUUUAUCGUCCGUUCUUGCCGGUGUUGGCCAUCGAAUUUGUAACAGCUCCAACUUUUAUUUCCCUCUUGAUUCAGAACCGGAUGAAGAAGCAUUAAGAAGAGUUAAACUCCGUUUAGUUUUAUAUGUUGUAUUAAUUAGUUUAUUUUCUUCCCUCGUCUUUGUUAUUACAAUUUUUGCAAGAGGGAUAGGAGUUGUAUGAUUUAUAUAUAUUAUAUUAUAAGAUAUUAUGUAAGAAGUCUUGUAUAUGAA